UGUACUGCCUUUUUAAAGGUGGAGGUGAAGUAGUUUAGAAUGCCUUUCAGACCGAACUUCAAGACCUGUGUACAGUCUAUGCAUAUUAAAACCAGACUACAAAUAGCUCCUCUGGACAAGAUGAACUCCACCAUCGCUGACUCUUCCAUGUUAAGUUUAGAGGGCUUCAUUGUGUCUCCUGAAGCUGCUCAUCCUCUUUUUCUGUUAACAUUGGCAGUAUAUCUGGUUGUUCUUAUUGGAAAUGUUACAGUUUUUUCUGUUAUUCUUUUUCAGAAGAAUCUACACGAGCCAAUGUAUUUCAUGCUAUGUAAUAUGUCUGUUUGUGAUUUGAUUGGAAGCACAGCAGUAAUGCCUAGAUUAAUGGCAGACUUCCUCACAGAGGUUAGAUACAUCUCAUAUGCAGCUUGUGUUAUUCAGGCUUUCUGCAUUCAUGUCUACGGUUCAGCAGCUCAACUGAUAUUGACUGCAAUGGCUUAUGACAGAUACAUUGCAAUUUGUAACCCAUUAAGAUACAACAGCAUAAUGACAACUAAAACUUUGGUGAAGCUCUGCUCCCUUGCCUGGGGGGUGGCAUUCGUUUUAAUAAUAAUCCUCUUUGCUCUUACUCUUAGACUUCCGAGAUGCAGGUCACGGAUAGUGGAGGCUAAUUGUAACAAUGCAGCUUUAUUUCUUUUAUCCUGUGCUGACACUACUGUAAAUAACAUUUAUGGUUUAUCUAUUACAGCUUUUCUAAGCGGUUUAUCUUUUUUGGUUGUUCUCUACACAUAUAUUAGAAUACUAAUGACAUGUUUAUAUAAAAGUCAAAGCAAUAGUAAAAGCAAAGCCAUUCAUACAUGCGCUACUCACUUAACUGUCUAUAUUAUUUUUGAAUUCACUAUUUUGUUCUCCAUCAUUAUGCAGCGAUUUCAAAAUGUCAGCCCAAAUGCACGGAAAAUCACCUGGGUGUUAAUUACGACCUUUCCACCAUGUGUUAAUCCUAUAAUUUAUGGAAUUCAUACAAAGGAAAUUCGGAAUAAUGUUUUAAAGUGUUUUAAAAAUACAAUACUACCAAAACAAUGA